UGCUGCAUUGAGAAUAUUAUCUUCAUAAUGAUAAACUUGUGGUUUCCUCUUUGAAACUGUAGAAUGAUGAGAAGCACUAGAAGAGUGAGUACCGGACCUGCCAGAAAUUAGACAGUUGUGAGCACCAAGUAUGCGGCCAUCAUGGAGCGUUGUUGUUUGCACUUGUUCUGAGUGGUCCAGAAGACUCUAGUAGUCGAAUACACAGUUUAUUAUGAGUGACAGCUACACGGUGACAGCCGACUGAUUAUUUUGGCAGGACUGGGGCCAUUAAAAAAGUAGUUUCUGUACAACAUUUUAGGAUUACAUAUGGAUUCCCCAGAUAUCACUAGUGAUGAUUCACCACCGGAAAAUAAAGACUCACAGAUGGAGUCUUCUGGUCCUCACCGAUUCACAAGGAGAGAAGCCAGGUAUGGGAAAAGGGGCACAGUGCGUCCUUCACAGAAACAAUCAAUAAAGGAGACCAAUGACGAUGAAAAAAAAACGGUUUCUCCCUCUGUACAGCGCAAUCUAUUGUAUGGAGAAGCUUUGUAUACAGUCAUUCACAGAAUCGGAAUUUCAGAGCCAGACCAUAUAUCGGAUAAUGACCAGUUAUAUGAAUAUCUCCAAAUGGCCUUCAAUAUGGAUCCUGCGGAGCACAAGGCCAUACUUGAAAGUGUAAAAAGUCUGGAGCCCCCCAUUUUCUGUGUGAAAGUUACAGUGAAACAAGCUAAAGGAAUUCUUGGAAAGGAUGUUAGCGGUUUUAGUGAUCCCUACUGCAUGCUGGGAAUUGAGAGCUCCAGGGACAGUAGCCCCAAUUCUGACAAGAAGCAGAAGCAGAAAGCAGUGGUCAGGAAUACUCUACCUGAAGAUCAGACACAUAAGACGCAGGUUAAGGUCCAGACCUUAAAUCCUGUAUGGAACGAAACCUUUAUAAUGGAUGUGGAGGACAUGGAUAAUGCACGCUUUCAGAUGGAUAUGUGGGAUUCAGAUGAUGUGGAAUCUGUCAGGACAAAGCUUGGAGAGUUGACAGACCUGCAUGGAUUAAAGAGAAUAUUUAAAGAUGCUCGUAAGGACAAAGGUCAAGAUGACUUUCUAGGCAAUGUUGUUCUACGACUGCGGGAUCUGAAGUGUAGAGAAGAUCGCUGGUACCCUCUAGAACCUCGGACAGAGACAUAUCCAGACAGGGGGCAGUGUCACUUACAGUUUCUUCUUACACACAAAAAGAGAGCAACUAUGCUGAGCAGAAACCCCAGCUACAUAGUCCACCGACAGCUUCUUCAGCAGUUUGUUCGACAUGAGAUCACCUGUCACCAGGCCACUGGAACCACAUGGGAUGGGGAGAUCAGUCCACACGGUAUGACCAUUUUGUACCUACAUGCAACCCAGAAAGACUUGUCUGAAUUUCAUCAAGGCCUUGGACAGUGGCUGGCGUAUAGUAAAUUAUAUCAGAGUCUGGAAUUCAGCAGUAGCUGCUUGCUACAUCAUAUGACAAGUAUUGAAUACUUAUGGGUUCAAGGACGGCUCCAGGAUGAGCAGAAAAAUGAGUUGGCAGAAUCAUUUGACUCUUUACUGCAAUAUGGGUUGUCCCUUCUAGGAAGAUAUCGCAUUGUCUUUCCAUUGUCAGAAUCUAGGUCCAUGGAACGAAUGCAAGGUCUGCUCAGAGUUCUGAUACAGAUGUGUAAGACCAAGGCAUUCAGAGAGCUGUGCUCCUCGACUCCCAGCCUACAAGAUAAAGUGACCGAGGCCAUCAAGACUGGAACCCACGAGUGGUUUGAUCUGAAGAGACAGCAUCUACAACCAAUGAUACAGGGCUAUGAGGAAAAUUUGAAGUCUUUGAUAAGCCUGGUGGUCGAUGUAACUGUUGACCUGAAGAGUUGUCAGAAGAUGUUGAACAAGCAUUUUAUCAACACUAUUAAGGUGGAUGUUUUCAGCCUGACUUUCCAGGAACUUGAGGAGCUGGUCUCUGAGUAUUUGGACUGUCAACUUCCACCCUCUAACCACAGUUCUCGGCGUCAGCUCUCUGAACUCUUGUACCAACUGUAUCUCACUCUACGUGACCUUCAUAACCUCCAAAAUUUCCUUCCAACAAGGGACAGCUCUCUCCCACUGUCUAAUUUCCAUUGCAAGUUUGCUGACUGUUUACCUAGUUGGCUUCAGAAGGCAUAUUCAACUGCUCUUGAGCGAGUCCAAAGAGCUGUGCGAAUAGAUCUGCUGGUUCCGUUGUCAGAGUUGCAGAAACAUAGUGCUUCCACAGUGGAUCUGUCCACAUGCUUCACUCAGAUUGGACGCACAUGGCAGCAGCUGGCCUGGCCUGACCCUGAAGAGGCAUUUAUGAUUAUGGUGAAGUUUACUGAGGAUAUGUGCCGUAUUGCCCUUAUGUACUGCACAAUGAUUAAACAUAGAGCAGAGGAAUUAUCAGAUACCAGAGAUGCUGGACAGGCUGCAAACAAGUUGUGUUUAGUGGUGAAUAACAUUGAGCAGCUGCGGCUGGUGGUGCGCUCUCUACCUGAGAAACUGAAUUGGGCAUCACUAGAGGAACAAACGCAUGAGGUGAUAAGCACCGGGCAAUUUCAGCACACACUUCAUGACCAGCUGAAGAAUGCCGUGGCAUGCCUGGAUCGAGAGAUUCGAGGUGUGGUGCAGGCUCUUGCUCAAAAACUUGACUCUGGCAUUGCCAGACACCUCCACUCCAUAGCUGAUGCUAGUGAUUCCCAGGAUCCCAAUGAUAGCAUUGUACCAAUGAUGAAAUUUUUGGAAUCUGAGCUACAAUACAUGAACCAGAACCUAGUGCAGGAAAACUUUAACUGCCUUCUAUCUUUACUUUGGUCUCACAUACUCACAGUCAUCUCCAAUCUGUCCAGCCACAUCACCCCUUCUGUCCGAUACUACCAGAGGUUGCAUGCAGCACUAAAGAACCUGGAGUCAUGUUUCCAUGCAGAAGGUUGUGGACUGUCCCUAGAAAUCCUCCAUACUGCAACAUUUAUAACCCUGGAACAGGAUCUUGGUCUUUGUUCUUCCAGCACUCGGGAACUAAUAGGGCGGUACUAUCAGCAGAAGAUCCAGCAGCAGCAGGGUUCCACGGCAGAAAAGUAUGGAGCUGUUACAGUGAAAGUUAUCUAUCGACACUCAGAGCAGAAACUGCAUGUAGAGAUCCUCAAUGCAGUGAAUCUUCUUCCUUUGGAUUCCAAUGGCAGCAGUGACCCAUUUAUUCAGCUGACAUUGGAACCUAAACACAUAUUUCCAGCAGUAGAGCUGAGGUCUACAGAAACCAAGAAGAAUGAACUGAACCCUCUUUAUGAUGAGGCCUUUGACUUCCUGGUGACCCCGGAGCAGUGUGCAGUUCCAGGAGCCUGUCUUUUGCUGACGGUGUUUGACUAUGAUGCGAUUCUUUCUAAUGAGUUGGAGGGAGAGGCAUUUUUGUCUCUUGCAGAUGUUCCUGGGUUAAAAGAGGAGACAAGUGAUCCUGUAGCUAAUAUUCCUCAAACACGAGUAGCCCUCACCCAUCCAAAAGUAAAUGGGGAUCGUAUCUUACAACUCCUGGACUGUCGCCGUUCUGACAGGGAAGCUGCAAUGUUCGUCAAGCUCCGUAAGCAGAGAGCUCGCCAGUCUAAGGAGAGUGAGCGGUGACAUUGGUGCAGGACACUCAGUGCUUUUA